GCGGAGUUUUGGGAUACCCCUGCGUAGCAUUAAACUCACUACAGUACAGUAAGCUGUCAAAAGCUUGUUGCUUAAAUCGGUGCAGUGCAUAAAGUGACGAUGAGGAAGUAAGGCUACAUAAAAUCUUUCUAGUUUUAUCUUAACAGAGGAUAUUUGCACAAGUACGCAGUCACUCGUCUGGGCUGACGUAAACUUCCCUGGAUGAUUCGUGAUUGUUGAAUCCUCUGCAGCCGUAUAUCCGUGAUGAUGAGACUGGGUGGGACUUCCCAGAGGCCGGCACCAGGCAGGAAGGGGGUGGCUGGAAAUGUUCAGCCAGUUGCACAGCCGUGUUGUUUUUAGAAGAAUCUUUGAUGACCAGAUCCCAGGAGAGAUAGUAGAGUAAUAGUUACUAAGUACUUACUAUGUCUAAGCUUAAAAUCUAGUUUAAACUUACAAAUUUAGACUCAUUAGUUCUUGUUUUGUUCCAGAAGUUCUUUAGUUCAGCACUAAGUAAGAGAGGUAGGUUUUUCUGCUCCGCUUCCUGACUUGCGCCUGAAGGAAUUUGCUCCAGAAUGUUGUGGGAAACCACGUUAUCAUCAAGUGCCUUAGAGAAGAGGAUAACCCUGACUUGAAGUGACAACUUCCCAAACUACAGACCCAGGCUCCAUACUUUCCGUAUAUCUAAAACCAAAGGUUUACACCAAAAUUGGAUUCACUUUUUUCUUCUUAAAGCACUACAAGUAUGGACCAAAUCUCUUAUGGAUUAUUAACCUAAAAGGUCGUUUGGCAACUCUUUUCUCAGCCAAUGGAAGACUCAUCAAGUCAUUUCAAAGUAGACCUCUGUGCAUAAGCAGAUUUGGGUCUCAAAAGACAUAAUAAAGUGCUUUAUCUGUUAAUUACCUGUUGAUUUACUACACUAAAUUCAAAGCUUCUGAAUAUGGCAUUGAGUAUUUCUUCAAUAAGAGACACAAAAUGGCUGACUCUGGAAGUGUGUCGGCAGUUUCAGCGCGGAAAUUGUUCACGUAGUGAUGAGGAAUGCAAAUUUGCUCACCCACCAAAGAGCUGCCAGGUCGAGAAUGGGAGAGUAAUUGCCUGCUUUGACUCACUUAAGGGUCGAUGUUCACGGGAAAACUGCAAGUACCUUCACCCACCUUCACACCUGAAGACUCAGCUGGAGAUCAACGGGCGCAACAACCUGAUCCAGCAGAAGACGGCAGCAGCCAUGCUCACACACCAGAUGCAGCUCAUGAUCCCCAGCUCUGGUCUGCAGCCACUGGGACUGGCCUCAAAUGCAGGGCUUGGUUAUGGCACUUACAUGAGUCCCCUGGCCCACAGUAUGAACCUGCUUCCUACAGAGAUGCUUCCGAGCACUUCCGUUGUUCUUCCAGGGAGUUCAGCUGUGACAGUGCCCAAUUCCUCUUCCUCCUCCUCUUCCCCCUCACAGAAGCUGCAGCGCACUGACAAACUAGAGGUGUGCCGUGAGUUCCAACGAGGGAACUGUGCAAGAGGAGAGACAGAUUGCCGAUUUGCUCACCCCAGCGACAGUCCAGUGAUUGACACCAAUGAUAACACAGUAACUGUUUGCAUGGACUACGUCAAGAGCCGCUGCUCCAGAGAGAAGUGCAAAUAUUUUCACCCGCCCGCACACUUGCUCGCUAAAAUCAAGUCCAACCAACAAGUCACUCAAACCGCCAUUGCAGCACAGACUGCUGCUGCGGCUAUGACUCAGUCGACUGCCAAAGCACUGAAGCGACCCCUCGAAGCAACAUUAGACCUGGGGUUUCCUAACAGCACCCUGCAGCCCAUAACAAAGAGACAAGCUCUGGAAAAGAGCAGUUGGGCCAGCUCCCUCUUCAAUCCCAGUCUUUUGCAUUACCAGCAGGCGCUGACCAAUGCACAACUGCAGCAACCCUCAGCUGCUUUCUACCCCACAGGUUCAGUCUUCUGCAUGUCUCCAGCCACAAACAUGGAUCAUCCUCAAGUAACCCCCAGAAAUGGAUAUGAGUGCCAUGUUGCAUCAAUGGAACUUCCCAAACAGCAGCUUUGUAAAUACAGCCUAAUUUCCACACACAGUCAACUGCAAGCAGCAUGACACCUUAUCUUUGAUAUUAUCUUAUGUUAGUUUAGGUUAAAAUGAAUAUAGUAAACCACACCCCAUAAACAACAAUAUCAUAAAGAUGUCUAUCAAGCUAAUAAAAGUAAAGUUUAAGUCAAACCAAGAUAAGCUUAAAACCAAUAGAUUCAAAUAGAGCAAACAAAUGUGUUGUUGAAUGUAAGUUGUAAAGUAACAUUUAUAGGUUAAGUGUCUAUAACAUUUUCAAGAUGAUUCAUUAGUUUUAACCAAGCACUUCUUGAAACUAAACUCCAACGCUAGAGUAUAGUUUGUCUGAACACCAAGUCCUUAAAAUUUUAGUAAAGGAACAGAGCUCCCUCUUUUGGUGUGCCUUUGUACUGCAGAUACAGAGAAAAUAGAUGUUGGGGUGAAGAAUUGCUGCAAGUCGGCAAUAGUUGAUACAUUUGAGUGUGUGUGUGUGUGUGUGUGCGCACAGAAUAUUCACAUCUUUAUCAGACACAAGCAAUGUGAUUGUAAAGGAGUGUGGUGUUACUGCUGGUGUUAAAGUCUUAUAGUGGAACAAGCACUGGCCCGCACUAUAUUGUCUGAAUAGUACAAGUGCCUAAGAACUGUGCAUAUGUGGCAUACUAUUAAUCCAACUGUACUUUAAGAGAGAUGUGAUUUGCAGUGCCAUGUCAUUGCAUCAAUAUUUGUGAAUAGAGAUAGUUCACUGUUUGUUUUUUAGUCAAUUUUAUUAUGGCAGGUUUUAUUUAUGUAUGUACUGUAUAAUGUUCAGCAUACAGUCAUCCCUUGUUCUUAGUCAGAGUAAACUGUAUAUCAAUUUAAAACAAGAUUUAUCCUUUAUCGUUGAGAGAAUGGACAUUUUUUAUGUUGACAUGUUCAUUAGAAGACAGACAUUUGAUGUUUUUUAGAUUAUACUCAGUUGGUUAAAUGUAUAAAGUAGGUUACACAGUUUUAUUACAUAUACUAAUAGAAAAUAUGUACAGUAACCGAGACAAUCUGCAGAGAGUUUGUGCUUGUUCAAGUUUAAUCUUGAUGUAACACUUGACUACCUUGCCUACAUGAACUUUCAACACUUUACAAAUUAAAUACUAUAUGUUGAAUGUAAUUUAUUAAGGUUAGGUCUACUUAAAGAGCCUCAAAGGUUCAUGUGAUAUGUUCUUUCAUUGAAAAAGCUUUCUUUGCCAUGAGCAGUGACUUAAUGACAGAUGAUUGAAAAAAAAAAUGGAUCUGUUACUGCCUUGACAGGAAAACAAGUCAAUUUUAAUGGUGUCUUUUUUGUUGAUCAGUUAAAGUAAGCAGAUAGGUUAGAUAAUUCACUUUGCCCAUGUUCAAAUACUAGAGUAAAAUGUGAUGUUUGUGGUGUGGGUUGACUCCCAAACAGUAAUUGGCUAGUUUCCCCCAACAAAAUUGAUAUUUCAUUUUUAUAAUAUUAUGGUCAAAAUAGACAGUUGUGAAUGCAGCAUAACUUGAUAUCAAAUGUUUUGUUGUUGAGGUUGUACCAGUUCAUUCCAAAAGCAUUGGAUACUCUUGCACACUAAAGUUACUGGUGAUUUUGUUCAAGAGGGCUAUGAGAAAGAAUGUUGUAUUUGCCUGAUAGAUGGAAGCAUUUCUCUUAAGCACUUUCUAAAGAAUGCUUUUGUGGUGUUUGCCUUACAUUUCCCACCUGUUGCUAUUUUCAUUUUCCCCACUUGUUUGGAAUGUUAAAAAUAAUAAAUUCAUUUCACAAUUAUG